AUGUCUUUUAUGGAGGCGACUGGCAUUUUUGACGUGGAUUUUUCAGGAGCCAACUUUACGUGGUGCAGCAAUAGGAGGGGCAGAGCUAGAAUUUGGAAGCGAUUGGAUAGAGUGCUAAUCAAUGGGGAGUGCGCUGAGGUUUCUUCCAACGUAUCUGUUGAGCAUUUAGCAAGACAUCCGUCAGAUCAUGCACUUCUACGGAUAUCUUUUGCUACUCGUUUAGACAACAAACCGAGGCCGUUUCAGUUCUUGAAUGUUUGGACGUCUAAGACAGACUUGUUGGAAGUAAUUAGAGGAGCUUGGGAUAGGCCGGUGAAUGGAGCCCCAUUACGUGUCUUGUGCUUAAAACUAAUGGUGACAAGAAGGGCUAUCCAAGAGUGGAACAAGCACAUUUUUGGCAAUAUUUUUGAUGCGGUUCGGGUGGCAAAAGCUGAGGUUCGCAGGGUAGAAAUAGAGGUGAAGGGCAAUGACUCUGAGGUGGCGCAAGCUAGACUUCAUAAGGCCCAGGCAGACCUAAGCCAGGCACUACUCAUUGAGGAGCAAUUUUGGAGUCAAAAAAGCCCGAGUGAGGAUGAGGACAUAGCAAACGAAGCGAUUGCAUUCUUCUCAGACUUAUUUUCUGAACCUAUUGGUCCUGUACUGGAUAUGCUGCCCUUGAUUCCCCCUUUGAUCACGGAGAAGGAGAAUAAGACCUUGGAGGAAGUCCCAUCCAUAGAGGAGGUUCGUCGAGUGGUCUUUGCAAUGGACGGAGAGAGUGCUCCGGGACCGGAUGGAUUAAUGGGUAAGUUCUUCACGUUCUCUUGGGAUGUCAUUGCUCAAGAUGUCUAUAAUGUGGGAAGAGCAUCCUUGUCAAGUGCCGCUCAGUUUAUCUGCUACGGCUAUUUGGAGACGAAUGUGAAAUGCAGUGGUGCUUUAUUUCUCAGAUCGCCAGUCAUCCCGGACCUCACUUUUGGGGACUUUGUCACAAAUGGAAACUGGAAUAUCCAGUUGCUAUCUCAGGCCUUACCACUGGGCAUCAUCUCCUCAAUCUUACAGCAACCGAUACCUCAAGGUAGUCGUGUAGAUAAGGCUGUGUAG